UUCCUGUACACGUCGCUCAUACGGCGCUGCGCUCACCGGCCAGGAGACUGAACACGGACACAGACACGGACACGGACUAUGGAAACUUUAAUCGGCCUGCCGUUUGCUGUGUUAGAAUGUCCAAAUAUCAAGCUGAAGAAGCCGUCCUGGCUGCACAUGCCCUCUGCCAUGACUGUGUACGCCGUUGUGAUUGUGUCCUACUUUCUCAUCACUGGUGGUAUAAUCUAUGAUGUUAUUGUUGAGCCACCCAGUGUGGGAUCAAUGACUGAUGAACACGGUCACCAGAGACCUGUGGCAUUUUUGGCUUACAGGGUGAAUGGACAGUACAUCAUGGAGGGUCUGGCAUCCAGCUUCCUUUUCACCAUGGGUGGUCUCGGCUUCAUCAUUCUAGACCGCUCCAAUGCCCCAAAUAUUCCUAAACUCAACCGCUUCUUGCUACUUUUCAUUGGCUUUGUGAGCGUGCUGCUGAGCUUCUUCAUGGCCCGAGUGUUCAUGAGAAUGAAGCUGCCUGGUUAUCUCAUGGGUUAAAUCUGCGCAAGACCUUUUUCAUGUGGUGCACACCAGAGCCAGACACAGAAGGAUGACUUCAUAUGAACAGAAAAUUACCUUCUGGAUCAGUGUGAUGAUGAUUUUCUUUUUGUGUAUGUGUGUGCUUAAGAGAGAUUGGUGGGAAAAAAAAGUGUAGUUUGUCCCCAUCCCCAAAGGCUUCAGGUUUGUGGGUUAUUAGAUUUUGUUCAAAAUGUUCAUAUAAUGAUUGUUAAAGAAAGGCAUAUCUUGUAUUGGAGCUCUGUGCUAAACGAUCAAAACUGGUUUACAUAUGAAAUCAAUUACAUGCUUGUGUCACAGAAAGCUAGAAAAGGAUCUGGUUUGUGUGGGGUGGGUUUUUCUAUGUAAAGCUAAAAUAAAAGCUCUUUAUACAACCAA